AUGUCGAUAGACAAGGGCAGCAAUGGAGGGCAGGGCUUUGUCCAUCCGCCCGCGCAUCCGGUUCCGCAAUUACAAAAGCCUUUCGAGGAGUCGAUGCUAGAAUCAAUAUCCGAUCAGGUGGCGGAAGACAUACCUACUGAUGCCAUGACACGAAGGACAAUCCUUCUCGAGGCUCCUACCUAUCAACGGGUCAUUGCGGGGAGGUGGAAGCAAAAACCAGGAGAGAAAUAUCACCCAUUGUGGAAACUCGUGGCGCAACUAACCUUUGGAAUGCAUCUACUAUCACAGAACAUGGCCAUUUCAGAAGACGAGGUCAUGAGGAUCUUGCAGUCUCACGUUGACGACAUUGAUGCCUUCCUGGAACGUACCACAGAAGACUUCGAUCUUGCCCAAAGUGACAUCCACGAGAGAAUACGGUGUCUCAAGCUCCCACUCGCACACGGGGAAGUGUUUGACCGAAUGUUGGAGGAUCGGGCAUUUCGCGCUUCUAUUCUCGACGGAAACGAAAAGAUCGACCAUGUCAUUAGCCGGACCAAGAAAGCGGCAAAGGAUGCACUGAAGGACGUCCAGAAGGGAUUCGAUGCUACCAACGUGAUGGAAAAAUACCUGUCUAAAUUAAAUUCAACAUGGAAGAGAGACUCUCCCGAACAUGAAGCUGUUCUAGUUGCCAUGCUUGGAAAUGUCGAAGGGUGGCGUAGAGCUUUUUUGGAAUUGCAUCUGCAAGGUAACAAGCUGGCUGGGUCUCUGAAGAAGCUUGCGGAGGUGGUCUCCGAGAUGCAGCAAAGAGCUGCGGCGGUCAGCCGGAAUCUUGUGGCUAGAGCUCAAAAGACGAAACACAUUACUUCUCAGGACGCUGGUCGUGCUCCAUCUCAGUUAGGGUCCAUCGCCGAACACAAGCCGCUGCCGAGUGAACCAGGUCGCAAACACUCGACCAGGAAUUCAUCUCGGAGUACUCAACUGACCAGCUUCUCCAGUCGACCAAACAGCGGCCAGAAGUCAAGUCAAGGAUUGGCUUCACAUCCACAGUCUCUUGGGCAUCAGUCGCCACAAUCCCCAAAAUCCAGAAGACCAGGCAACGGAGAAAUUCCUGGGCGGUCAUUUUCUUCCGAGGCGUUGGGGCCCGAGGGACCGCAGCAGGCUGCAGACCGAAUGCAUAGUCUAGGAGGGUUGCUUAUCCAACACAGCGAGGAGCAGCUCGUUGAGCUUCCGGCCGAUGUUCCUGAAGAUGUACUUCGACAAGCGCCGGUAUCGAUCAAGAACCGAUUGAGCAUGACACUUGGGCUGAAGCCAAAGGACAAUGCGAGUCACCGCAUAUCUAGUGUCUACUAUCCGACAGCGUUGGCUGAUCUUUUGAGAUCUCCUGGACUAUCUUCUUUGUUACUUACGCCGCAGACUGGAAAGUCGAAGGGGACACCUGUGCAGGCCAUGAUAUCGCCCGUCAUGUCGGAAGGAGAGGCCGGCUUCUUCCUCUCCCACGACCAAGAUGCUUCGAUUGGGAUAUUCAAUGCGGAUCACCAGAAGGACACCGACUCCGCCAAAGCAUCUCCAACCGCAGCUCAGGCGUCGGCUCGAGCCUCGAUUGUGGAUCCAUCCAGGCCAGUCACUCGUCGUUCAUCAAUCCCUAACCCAGCAUUCACUUCGCACCCUGCCGUGAUGGCCAUGGCCUCUCCUCCAGUAGAGCUUCCUGCUCCGGUUGAGCCAGCGGUGGGAGAAGAGCGGUCAAACUCUUCCACAUCCAGGAAAGGCUCUCAACUGUCAAGCCUUGGGGAACCUGGACCUGAGUUGAACGAAGGUGAAAUGACAAGGUCAACCUCGGGGUCGGCGUUGAGCACGAAAAUUCUGAUUGAUACGUCAACCAUUACCGUCGCUAUCGUACCAGCCUCUGCGAAGGAGGAGACAUUUGCAGCAGCGCAGCAGAAGGCCGAAGACGACACGCAAAUUCAGCUCAACGGCGAAUUUGGGGCGACGAAUAGCACAGACCUUCCCCUAGGGGAAGUGGUGGCAGCGCCUUUGCAGUCUCAGUUGACGGCUACAGUGCUUCUGCCGACUGCGGAAAUCGAAAACGGCGGUGAUGGCACAAAAUCACAGAUCCCUGUUGAAGCGCCGGCCAGUAUUGAAGGCGAGAUCACAGCCAAAACAAACGCACUCGACAUCUCAAAUGAUACGUCUCCUCAGGAAGUCGACGAAUUGACCCCAAAGACAGAAUUUAUUGCCGAGUUAGAGGCCAUAGUCCCCAAGCCUCUUCAGCCCAAGCCGAAGGAAGAGGUUGGACCGGUAGAGCUCGAAGCUCCACAACAGACUUUCAACCUACCGCCCAGACCAGUUGCAGUCGCCAAAAAUCCAGAGGAAGAAGCUCCCAGCGCCAGCAAAAGCCAGCCCGACGACUUUUUCAAGCUGCCAACCGAACUUACAAUCAAACCUGGCAUGAAGCCCAAGGAUUUUGGCGAUUCCAGCACACCAGAACCGAUCCGGCCCUUGAAGUUGAAGCUCACCAAGAAAGAUGGCAAGAUUGUUCCCGUACCAGUCCCCAGCCCCAGCGUGGGCAGUCCCGGCCCCAAGCUCAAAAUAGAUGUUGUUGCAGAUAUCAUCGACAGACUCUCGUAUACACCUCCAGGUUCACCUAUUCAUGCAAGAUCAUCUUCGAGCGUCUCUUCAAAUUCAGCACAACGCUGGUCACAUCGAUCAUCUCGUUCGCUAGGACCGCCAGAGCAGGCUCCUGCGCCGCCCGCCCCCGGAGGUCGACCGAUGGUGGAGCCUGAUUUCGCCUCUGCGGGACAAUUCGAUGGGGAACGCAAGCAGAAGAAAAAGAAAAAGAAAAACAGUAAUGCCGGUAGGGAAAGCAAGAGUGGAUGGAAAAGUCUGUUCCGGGGAAGCAUUGCGGACAGCAGCAGUGGCGGAGGUGCAAAGAGUUCGGAAAGGGGUUCCAUAAUAACAACGACGACGGCGGCGGCAACAACUACAACAAACCCUUCUGCAUUAGCAUCAAGAACAGGCUCGGAGGCGGCGCCCACCCCGAUUGCGGAUAUGAUGAUGACGUCUGGCAAAGACGUACUUUGGUUCAAGGGCGAUACGAAGAAAUGA